UAUUUUCAAUUAUAGUUAAUGAUUUUUCAUGUAUUUUAAUUAUUUUUAAUAUUUAAUAUUCAUAAUUUUAUAUAUUUUUUUUUAAACUUUUAGACUUAAAUUUUUUUAAAUCUAAAUUUAUUAAAAAUUAUUGAAAUAUAGCAGGAUGUGCAAAUAAAUAUCACAUAUUCAAAUAAUAUAUAUUCAAAUAAUAUAUUCAAAUUUUUCGAUUUCUAAAAUAAUUUUCCGAUUUUUGUAAUUUUUAACGCAUGAAAUUUAAGCUUAGAAAUAAUUUGAAACUAAUUUAAAACUAAUUUAAAUUAAAUAUUUCCUAUUUUAUAAUUAUAAGUAAUUUUCGAAAAUUAUACAAUUUAUAGACAUUAAAACACCAUCUAGCGAUGAACAGAUCAAACUAUUGUCUAUUAGCAAAAUAAAAUCCAAAAUUCUUGCUAUUAAAUUAAAUUUUUUAAUUUUUAGAAAUUAAAAACAUAGUUUUUCAAUAAUAAUUUAAAACAAACUUUAUUUAAAUAUUUUUAUUAAUAUUUUACAUAUAUGUAAAUUUGUUUGCCAUAUCAAUUUUUAAUAAUAAUAGUUACAUUUAGAUGGCGUUGUAAUGUCCAUCAACUAAUUUAUAUUUAUAAAUUUAUGUAUCUUAAAUGUAAAUUUAUCGAAUAAAAUUUUACUGAAACUUGAUUAGCUAUUUAUAUUUUUUAAUCAACAGUUUUAUUAAAAAUUUGAAACUUGAGAAUAAUAAUGUUCACUAAUCGGUCUCUUGAAGCCGUGAGUUUCAAUUCACAAUUAUCUACUACAAAAUCACAACAAUCUACGAAUGUUCAAACAACAGAAAUUGUUUAUGAUCAGAAUUCUGUACAAACAAUCGAAACAAGAAACGUUGAGACUCAAACCAUAUCUGAAGAAAAAAAAAAGCCAGAAAUAAACUAUGAAAGAUUGGCCCAGUUUUUAAAUCGGGUUACACCAAGUAUAUUAGAGGCAUUGGAUGAAUCUUAUGGAACCAAUGCAUUUGAAGAUUAUGAACCAAAAACUUCAGAAGAUUCAUUCACAAGUACACAAAUUUUGCAAAAAAUUAAUAGUAUUGAAGCAAAUUCUCAGAUGAAAGUAAGUGAUAUGAGUUGGAGUAUUGGAGGAGGAACAUUAGCUGUAUCUUAUGGUAUUCCUUAUCAUCAAGCAUGGUGUGAUCAUUUAUCCAAAAUACAAUUAUAUAAUCAAAUGAAAGAGGGCCAUUUCACAGAUAAUCCAAAUAAAACAUUAGAAACUAAUGCCUGUGUAACAACAUUGGUUUAUCAUCCAACUGAACCAUCCAUUAUAGCAAUUGGUUUAUUCAAUGGUGAUGUUCUUGUAUGGAAUUUAAAGGAUGAUACAUCAAUUGCACCAAUAACAAUUUGUACUCAUGGGGAUUGUGUAUCUCAAGUAUAUUGGAAAGGAAGAACUAUAAAUGAUGUAUCACUGUUGGUGAGUUCCAGCAAAGAUGGAUAUAUUUUUAUUCAUAAGAUGAUGGCCAAUUUUACAAUUGCUCGCAUUUAUAAACGAUUAAAAAUAGCCAAAGAACAUAAUCCAAUAGAAAACUCAAGACCACGUAGUGCAGGUGGAACACGCGAACGCGCAAUAGAAUCUGGAUUAUGCAUUACCACUUUUGAUUUUUCAUCCAGAGAUCCAAUAUUUUUUAUUGUGGGUACCUUAUGUGGUGGAAUUUAUAAAUGUAGUUUAGAUCGUGUCGUUCCUAUCGAAAAUGAUGAAACUUUAAUAGAUCCUGUAAUAGAUGAAUAUGAAAGGCAUGAAGGUAGCAUUACAUGUAUUAAAUAUUCUCCAAUACGUAAUCUUUUCGUUUCUGCUAGCACAGACAAAGAAAUUCGUAUAUAUGAUUUUGAAGAGCAUACAAGUCUGCAGUCAAUUCCUUGUGAAAAUACAAUCAUAGGUUUAACUUGGAUGAUUGGAAAUCAAGAUAUAUUGGCAACUUAUGGCGCUAGUUCGAAAAUUAUAUUGUACAAUGUUACAGAUGGUACAAUCAUAACAAAUGUUAAUUUGGAAACAAUUGAUAGAGAAAACACUAGUUGCUUACGCGUGAAUUUAAAAAGAGAUAUAGUGGCUAUUGGAGAUACACAAGGAAAUAUAGAGAUCUGGAAAAUCCCAAGACAAUUAUUGUAAAUAUAAUGUAUACAUUAACUUUUUUCAUUUAAAUAUUAUUACUAAUAUUAUUAUCUUAUAAUCCGCUUAGAAAUAUGUAUUUAUUAUAUAAUAAAAUCUAUUACUUUUAUACAACAAAACAAAUAUUCUUAAAAUAUAUUGAUUAUUCUUUUAAUUUUUCUUAUUAAAUGUAAUAAUAUUUGCAAAAUUAGAUUAGCUAGCAUAGAUUAUUAUAUUAUUUCAUUAUUUAAAUAUUGUAAUAUGUUUCAAAAUAAAUUUCUUUGUAUAAAAA